UCACUACUAGUAGAAGGCAGCGUACAUCGUCUAUGGGGAAGACAAUGGUCUAGCCCUGUGGAUCCUUAGGCCUGGAACUAAGAUCCGAAAGGUACACUAAAGUCAGGGUGAGUCAUGAGAUUGGUUCCCGAUGUCGCCAUGAGCUGCCCGCCAAGAAGCUGAUGGGUCGGCGAAUUCGGACGAAACUGCCGUUAGCGAUUGAGAUACAGCUAAAGGUAACUCAUACCGAAGAAAGUCACCUUUCCAUCAUCCUUCCCUGCUUUCCCCUCAAUUACCCCAAUGUUGCAUGCGACGAUGUGAACGUAGUCAUGUGGGUUUCGAAAGGGUAUAAAAGGAUUGGGGGGAGUAGGUGGGCUGCUUCAGGCACUUCUCAUCCAGCAGUCACGGCUUUCUCCAACAUCCACCUCAUCUUGAUAUUUCCAUAUACCCUAAUCCUUUGAGAAAGAUGAAGUCGGCCCAAUAUGUUCCUCAGAUCAUCGCAAGCCUCUCUCCCACGCCCGCAAUGGAGAUCCGUCUAACCAGUAAACAAACAGUCUUCACAACUGGCGAUACACUCCAGGGUGAACUGGUCUUCCACCGAAGAAAUGCUCCUCGGGGCGCUCGCGUCUCCAUCACAUUGUUUGGAAGAACAUCGACAACCGUAACAAAGACCACGCCCUUCCCCAACAGCGGCAGUAUAGUCGACUACACCUUUCUGCAAAUGCAUCACAGUGAAGCCCUGGAAGCAUGUCAUGAUCGUCGUAUCUUACCUUUCUCAUUUGUCAUCCCUGAUGCUCUUCCAUCCAACCCAUGCUCUGAGCAUGUUCCCUCUGGAACGGCUGCUCAUCGUGGAAAGGAUCAUCUCCAGUUACCUCCCAGUGUGGACUAUAACUCGGAUAGAUUCUGUCCUGAGAUGUGCAGCAUUAUCUACUACGUCCAUGCCGAGGUGGACGUGGGUAAUCAGCGGCUUCAUGCCACACGGCAGGUCCAGCUCCUCCCUCUGUACCCUGAACAACCACCUCGUCUGUGGCCAGAGGGAGAAGGUAGUGAGGUCCAGAUGUCUGACACGACCGGUCUUCGUAUAUGUCUCCUAGGUGCGAAAACGGGGCUUGUCACGUUGCGUGCGCGAGAGGCAAAGCCGCUCUAUCUACCUCCAAAUCAACAUCAUGGAUCAGCUAUGGCUCCUAUCCGCUUUGAUCUAGGCCUCGAAAGCCUCCAUCCGGAGCUCACUUUUCCAGACAAUUGUCAGGUCAAGGUCACUUUGGAGGCUGCGACGUAUUUUACUUUGUUGCCGAUGGACGAACUGCCGAGCUGGCAGAGUGCAGCCAAGGGACAAGGUCAGUGUUUCCGGGCAAGUGUGUGCUCGUGGAAGAAUAAGUCUGUUGGUCUGCAGUGGAUGGAGAAAGCGGGCAAUAUGCACACUGCUAGUCUUGUCGUGCCAAUACCAGUAUCUGGUGAUGUGGCUCUUGUCCCGACGUUCCACCAUUGUUAUGUAGCCCGGGAAUAUUUUGCGCGCGUUGAAGUGACGGUGGGUUGUUCGAGGACGUUGCGAGUGAAGGUGCCCGUUCAAAUCUAUAACUCACUGGAGCGUUAAAUUAUCCUCAUCAUAAUAUAAUCCCACAAAAGUAUAUGCUUAUGAUACUCUAUUCCCACAUAUCUCCAGGUCUUAAUCCAUAAACCCUACCAAAUUACGCUCGCAACCCACUCCUCCCCCUAACCCCAUCCCCAUGCUGUAAUAAUAACAAACGGAAUAACCCGCAUGGACCCCCUCAAAAACCUCAAAUGACUACACCCCCACGCAAUCGCCCACUUUGAGGUGUAAGUAGGCUGAGAGUCAAGAGGAAGCCAAAGUAGCCUCCCCGUGUCUGU